ACUUCGCUAGAGCACACCCAGUGGUUAACCACACACACGACACAGAAGAAAGCUAUACAACGAUGGUCAGAACCACCAACCUUCUCUUCUUGGUUCUAAUGGCGGCCUCAGUCUGGCUCUUCCUCCCUGCCAGGUCCUUGCACCUGGAGGAGGAAGACGUUAAGGCUGCGAGCUCCGCCUGCGACGGCACCCUCUACCCCGACCUCUGCCUGUCCACCCUCUCCACCCUCCCCGGCCUCUCCAAGAGGUCCCUCCAGGAUAUGAUCUGCCAUAUCAUCGAGCACGCCGAGAAGGACGUCGAGGACUCUUCCUCCAACUGCGCCUCCAUCUUCAAGGCUAAAUCCGGCCUCGACUUCCGGCAGAAGACCGCCCUCCAAGACUGUCAAGAGCUCUUCUCGGACACACUCAGCCAGCUGACCCUGAGCGUCGCCGACCUGCGCUCGGCUCUGAGCUCGAACCGGUCCGAGGAAACCAUGGCCCUCCUGAGUGCGGCCAUGACCAACCAGUACACUUGUCUUGAGGGGUUCGAUUACAGCAGUGGCUCCGUCAGAAAUGCCAUACAGAACAAGCUGUAUAACGUCACGAAGUUGGUAAGCAACUCUCUCUCUCUGACCACCAAGGUCAAACCCGGCCAGCCAGGUGCUACCACGUCGGUCUAUACCCAGGACAAGGAUGGGUUCCCCAGCUGGUUGUCGGCCGGCGACCGGAAGUUGUUGCAGGCGUCGGCCGGUGGGAUCAAGGCCAAUGUGGUGGUGGCUAAGGAUGGGAGCGGGCAGUUCACGACGGUGUCGGCCGCCGUUGCGGCGGCGCCCAGUGGGAGUAAGGGCAAGUAUGUGAUAUACAUCAAGGCCGGGACGUACCAGGAAGCCGUGAACGUGCCUAGGGGGAAGACGAACCUGAUGUUCGUAGGGGACGGCAUCGGACAGACCGUGAUCACCGGCAGCCGGAAUGUCCAGGACGGCUGGACCACCUUUAGGUCAGCCACUGUCGGUGUUGCGGGGAACGGGUUCGUUGCGAGGGACAUCACAUUCCAAAACACAGCAGGUCCGAGCAAGCACCAGGCCGUGGCCCUCCGGGUCGGGUCCGAUCUCUCGGCCUUCUACCGCUGCAGCUUCGUCGGCUACCAAGACACGCUCUACGUGCACUCUCUCCGGCAAUUCUACCGGGAAUGUGAGAUCUACGGGACCGUCGACUUCAUCUUCGGCAACGCGGCCGUCGUCUUCCAGGGAUGCAGCAUCUAUGCCCGGAGACCGAACCCGAGCCAAAGCAACACGUUCACCGCUCAAGGGAGGCAGGACCCGAACCAGAACACCGGGAUCUCGAUCCAAAACUGUAAGUUGGCAGCUGCGUCGGACCUGGCCCAGGUCCAGUCGAACUUCAAGACCUACCUUGGCCGGCCAUGGCAGGCAUACUCCCGGACCGUGGUCAUGCAGUCCGAGAUCGACGGCUUAGUGGACCCAGCCGGGUGGCUUCCAUGGUCUGGAAGUUUCGCGCUCAGCACCUUGUUUUACGGGGAGUACUUGAACCGGGGUGCGGGUGCAGGUACGGCGAAGCGGGUAACUUGGCCUGGAUAUAGGGUCAUUACCAGCGCAUCCGUCGCUAGCCAAUUCACGGUCCAGAACUUCAUUGUUGGGAGUGCUUGGCUAGGUGCAACCGGUGUACCAUUUUCGGCUGGGCUGUGAGCACGCUACUAUGUGUGUGGGUAUAUAAAUUCGUGGCUUUUUAUUCUAAGAUGCAUCAUGUUGCUAUUUGAAAUAAGAAACUCUCAAUGAUGAGAUGUUUAAGAUCAAAGCAAAUGUUAUAUGAUUUUAAGCA